GGUGUACCCACAAUGCACUGCGUGGUCGAGAGAGCUCACCCUAAGUAGUACACAACCUACAUAGCACGCAUCCUACAUUUCUGCCUACAGAGCUCCUGGCUGCUGAAUCAAUAACGCCACGUCUGAAUAAAAGGAUGUCGUCUGGAGCUCUUUUCCCCAGCCUGGUGAGUGGAUCCAGAGGAAGCUCCAGCAAGUACCUGGUGGAGUUCCACGCCGGCAAGAUGACCCUGAAGGGGAAGACAGUGACGGCGGACAAGCGUAAAGGCACCGUGUACAUCCAGCAGACAGACGACUCCCUCAUCCACUUUUGCUGGAAGGACAGGACCACCGGGAAUGUGGAUGAUGACCUGAUCAUCUUCCCUGAUGACUGCGAGUUCAAGAGGGUCAACCAGUGCACCACCGGACGGGUCUUUGUGCUCAAGUUCAAGACGGAGACCAAGAGACUCUUCUUCUGGAUGCAGGAGCCCAAGUCGGACAAGGACGACGAGUACUGCCGGAAGGUCAACGAGUACCUCAACAACCCCCCCAUCCCUGGCGUGCCAGGCAGCGGGGGCCACGAGCUCUCUGCGCUGGGGGGCGAAGGGGGCCUCCAAAACCUGCUGGGAAACAUGAGCCACAACCAGCUGAUGCAGCUGAUCGGAACCAGCGGACUGGGGGGCCUCGGUGCUCUGGCAGGACCGGGUCUCGCUAACCUGCUGGGAGGGGGCGGACCCACCGCCAGCAGCUCCUCAUCCAGUUCUCGCAGUCAGUCUGCGGCCGCCACACCGUCAUCAGGCUCCGCCCCCAGACUGAGCUCGUCCCACGCCGCCCCCACCACCCCGGUGACUCCCGCCGCCACGGCCUCCUCGCCCGCCAGCGUUGCUCCUUCCACGCCAGCUUCAGCUCAGACGCCACUGGUCCCCGCCUCUGUCGGAAGCCCGCCCAUUCAGCUCAGCGACCUCCAGAGCAUCCUGGCCACCAUGAAUGUCCCCGCGGCGGCCGCCGCCCCAGGAUCAGCAGUGGACCUGGCAAGCGUGUGCACCCCAGACAUGAUGGCGCCCAUCCUGGCAAACGCCGAGGUGCAACGGAGGCUCCUCCCCUUUCUGCCCAGCGGUGAGAAUUUGGCUCAGAGCAGCGAGGAGAUCCACAACACGCUCAGCUCGCCCCAGUUCCAGCAGCACAUGAGCAUGUUCAGCAGCGCACUGGCCUCAGGUCAGCUCGGCCCGCUCAUGAACCAGUUCGGGCUGCCUGCAGACGCCGUGGACGCCGCCAACAGAGGAGACGUGGAGGCGUUCGCUCGAGCCAUGCAGGCGUCCAAAGGAGCGUCCAAGGACGAGGAUGAAGACAUGAGUCUGGACUAGACCUCCUUGUCAAACAAGACCUGCCAAUCAAUGCCAAACCUGUAUAGUCAUCUUUUCUUACCCAUUUUGGACUUAAUAAAAAGUGGAACUGUGUUUACAAAAACCUUUAUUUUAUUGAAGUACCUGAACAACAACAAGUGAAUAGAUUAGUUAACAAGGUAUGUGUUACAUCAUACAC